AGGUUGGUUGUGGUUGUACAACGUUGUCAACCUUAUACACUAUAAUGGGAAUAAAUGUUGCAACCUGACGCCACUUUCGCAAUUGUGUACAAAGUCUAUGGAGAGUAAGGAAAAUAUUGUGCCAAUAGCAUGACUAGGGGAAAAAAUUGGAAAUGUUUCUCAUUGACUGAAAAAGUGGAGAAAAAAAAGUGGCGUCAGGUUGCAACAUUUUUUCUCAGUAAUGUUAUGUUCCAGCUAUUUCCAGUGACCACUUUUUCACCAUAUUCUUGCAGAACUUUCAAUAUCACGUACGCACAAUGUACGUGACAGUCUAGUCGCAGGUUAGUUUCCAGAGCUUCUACAUCUAGCAAAAUGAUGUCAGACCUGUCUACAAUCAGCGACUUCGAUGACAAUGAUGAGGAUGAGCUACAGGCCACGGAUGCCACGGUUGGGGCCCUGAUGGACCCCAAGAGCAUGGUGCAUUCUGGGAUGCUGCUGUCCCUACUGCAUCAAGUCUGCUCCGCAUACGAGAAAGACUCCAAGAAACAAGACACGAUGUUCCGCUUGAUCUGCCAGAAGAUGAACAAACUGAACCUUUUACCGUCACUAAAUGUGAUAGAUACAUUCAGUGUAGUGCAAGCUGAUUAUACUAGGGUCUUCAGACAGAUGAUGCAUGCUACGUUACAACACCUACAAGAGGCAGACACGGAGCCUCGCUUGCUUUCACUGCCGAGCACGGAACAGGAGAGGACGGCGGUUUUCCUCCAGAUGCAGAGUCCCUUACUUCGCUUACCCAGGAUGACACAGGAGGAGAUCAUCUAUUCUCACACCACGCGGUAUCAGACGGACUUCGAGGAGCUUGGUUUGCUGGGCAAAGGAGGCUUUGGCAGAGUGUACAAGGUGCGCAGCAAGCUGGACCAGCGUUUGUAUGCCAUUAAGAAGAUCAAAUUGAAACCGACCAAUAUUGAGAAGUCACUCAAGCUUGUGAAGGAAGUUCAGCUCUUAGCUAGUCUUAAGCAUCCCAACGUUGUUGGCUAUAACACGUCCUGGAUCGAAGCUGAGCAAGCAAGCUCUAAUCAUAAACACAGCUUCCAAGGAGGGGGCAGACGUGACCCUGUCUCCCCAAUGAAAUGUCUCCCUUUCUCAUCCAGUGAAAGCCCUAGAAGUUCCAGCGAGCAAGAAAGUUCAACGACGGACAAGAAUAAAGUAAAGAUUGAGGACAUCGGUAACCAACUGUCGCCUUGCAUUUGGAAAGACAAUGACAAACUGUCCCCUUUAAGCCAGUACUUACAAUAUCCCCAUACGGAUUCCGUGGCUAGUAGCCCCAGCCGGCUUAGUCGUAGUCCUAGUGAUUCAACCAGUACUCUCGUUGACUCACCGACAACUCCCAGGGUGCAUUGCUCUGGGGACGCAUCUCAUCAUUCUCAGUCUUUCGACAGUGAGUCACCUUCAAAUUUAAGAAAAGAAACUGAAAGAGCCUCACUGAUGCAGAAUUCAACAGAUUUCACAGCUACAUCAGAAUUGUCCGUCAGUGCGUGGUCUUCGAUGGUCUCAGUGUCAACAUCAGAGACCCAGACCUCUAACGUUCAUCUACACUCGUCUCAUCAGACUCGCAAAGAGUUGUUCCAGGAGACGUGUUGCUCCCAGUCAGUCUCAACAAGGCAGCAUUCUUUUCAUUCGGAGUCAAGGACGACUGAAGUAGAGACGAACUGGUUCGAGCAGGACAGCUUCUCCGAAUCUGACAUACAGUUCCAAGACCAGGAUUCGAAGAAUUCAAACCUUGACGAAGACGAGUACUCUGAUAUUCAGAUAUCCUUUGAAAACAGUCGUGGGGAAAACCCAAAUGAUGUCCUAGACUUCAAUAAAAAGGAUACUGUGAGCGUCAAGGAUAAGGAACUAGAUGUGCCUGUCAUCGAAACCUCAAAAAAUCCCAUGAACAGUUCACUCAAAGUAGCCUCUGCCACUCGGAGUAAGUUUCCGGCAGACCAAAACAAAAACUCUUGGUUGCUUCCCAGGGAUGUGAUGCACGGUGCAUUCGGAUCCAAGCUGCCCAGCAUAGGCUAUCCACAGAACAAACUGCAGCCAGCUGGUCACAAGAUCCAAUCUAAGUGUAAAAUCGUCAGUCUAGAUGGCACGCCAGACAAUGCAUCCAAACCAAAAGCUCCCAGGCAGAGGCGACGACACAGAUCCAAGAGCCAGGAUGGCAUACCGGACAAGCCCCAGACUUUGAGUCUGGUGCCCAGCGUCAACGCCUUCCCUGUGUUCACAUUGAAUCUGUACAUCCAGAUGCAGCUGUGCUCCAACACCCUGUCCGACUGGCUCCGAGAUCGGAAUACCAAGACAGAUGCUGUCAAGGACUCAUUAGAUGUUGUGAGCACCCAUGACAACAUGCACAUCUUCAAGCAGAUACUGGAUGGUAUGCAUUACAUCCACUCCCAGGGUCUCAUACACAGGGACCUCAAGCCAAAGAAUAUCUUCUUGGAGGAAUCCAGUGUCGACCUGCAAGUCCUGAUUGGUGACUUUGGUCUGGCCAAGGAGGAUUUUGUGGUAGAGACCAUGACAUCAGAUCCUGAUAUUCCUAAUGGAGUCUGGGCGGAGAGAUGUGAAGCUACAUCACAUACAGCAGCAGUAGGUACAACCACCUAUGCCUCACCAGAACAACUGAAAGGAUCCAACUAUGAUUGCAAGUCUGAUAUGUACAGCUCUGGUAUUAUCCUCUUUGAGAUGUUCCACCCCUUUGCAACCCUAAUGGAGCGUGCUAAAGUCAUUGGCCAGGUCCGCGAUGGCAGCAUACCAAAAGAAAUUCAUAAAAAAUGGCCGGAUCAGUAUAAGACCAUUGGCCAGUUGACCCACUGCGAUAGCUGCCAUAGACCCCAUGCAAGGGAGGUCCUCAAGGGACCACUCUUCCUAUCCAAGGAUGAGAUCAUCAAGGACUUACGUGCCAAGCUUUCUGAGAAGGAUGCCAAGCUUUCUGAGAAGGAUGCCAAGUUGUCUGAGAAGGAUGCCAAGUUGUCUGAAAAGGAUGCCAAGUUGUCUGAAAAGGAUGCAGAAAUCAAGACGCUUAAACGGAAACUUGCCGAAUACGAGAAGACAUUGUACUGAGGUAGUUUCCAUGGCAACUAACUUCAUCUCAAGAGCUCCUUUUGUUGUCCAUGGCAACACACACCAACAUCGAGUACUGCCAUUGGUGAAGAAAUAUGAUGGUUUCCAUAGCAACUAACUUCAUCUCAAGAGCUUCUUUGGUUGUCCAUGGCAACACACACCAACAUCGAGUACUGCCAUUGGUGAAGAAAUAUGAUGGUUUCCAUGGCAAUAUAGACCAUCUCUAGUACUUUCUGGAAAGAAAGAGCUUUUGUUUCUGUGGCAAUAUUUACCCAUUAUUUAUACUUUUUAUUUUGCAGAAAUACCACCAAGUUUAUUUUGACAGAUGACUAACAAAGUACGUCCGAGCAGCAUUUCUGCCAGUAUUUGCCAAGAUGCUGGAGAAGAAAACAAAAGACUUUGUUGUUAACUUCUUUUAAACAGCAUUUUUUUUCUGAAAUAUAUAUAUAUUCUUCUCAGAUUUGCACUGGACAUAAGGAAUAUAUCAGAAUACAAAAAUUUUGAGUUCCUCUUGUGUCUCUUGAGUCAUACACCAGAUAUGGAUUAAAAAAGCCUUUUACAUGUAUAUGAAAAGUGAGGCAUUCUAGCAAAAUGAGAUGGAUCUGGGCGCAGGCCAUAUAUAGUUGUCAAAUAUGUUUAAAAAAAUGUGUUUUUUUUUUCUUUUUUAAUUUUCAGAUUUAUUGAUAUUUCUAAUCUUUGAUAUCUUCUACAUAUAUUUUAAAGAAACAGUAUAAAAAUCACUGAAUCAAAGUGUUAUUAAUGAAAAACAAUUGGCAUCUUUCAUUUUCACGACUACUAAACAGUCGAACAUUUAAUGGGCUUUUUCUCAGUUUUUUACUUUUUUGACAUGUUGAUAGAUGUGAACUUUAAACAGCCAUAACUUGUCAAUGGAAAGUCCGAUUGAGGUGCAAAAAAAGCAUUGUGAGGAGAAUUUUAUUCUCUUUCCUAAUAUCUGCAAACCAUCAUUUCGAUUUCUGCCUAGUUCUGUCUCAUUUUGUCAGAAAGUCUCAUAUAUAUGUCGUGAUUUACCAAAUGUUAUGGCUCAGCUUAUGACGGAGUUAUGUGUUUAUGGUUACCAUAUUGUGCUUGUACCACUAGCACAUGAACUUGUAUAAACAUUUGAUAACACGAUGUAUGCUGGAUCACAUGCCAAACAUCUUCUCAGCCCUUUGAAUUGUUCCAACUAUUGGCACAGAAAUUUGUGCUAUGAUAAGCAGAGACAUCAAACAGGGCUUAGAAUUCGCUCUUUUCACUUCCGCCAUGGGCAUGCAGAGCCUCGAUCUGGC